AUGCACACUACCACCGGCAUCCUCGCUCUGCUCUCUCUCAGCGCCUUCAGCUCCGCCGUCAUCGUCGACCUAUUCUCCGACACCAACCGCAAGAUCACGGCCGGGAGCCGAAACGUAUGGGACAACUCCUGCGCGCCGCUCGGAGGCUUCCAGUCCCUCCACAUCACUGGGUCUGGAGGAAGUGGACAGCAACUGAGUGCUUACAGCAAGAACUACUGCGCCGAUAAGGUCACUGCUUGUGUGGGUGUGAGUGCAACUGGAGACUGCCAGCGGGUGACCAAUGACAAUGGUGGGAGUAAUGCAAUGGGUCCUAGCUCUGUUUGCAGUGCGCUCUAG